GUUUCCAAACAAACACCAGAGGAACUGCCCAUUCGUUACAAAAAUUACCGUGCGCUAACUUAUUCAAAAUAUUAUACAUGCUACACCAACUCAACCCACCAAAAAAACAGGAAAAAAAAAACAAAUAAAGUUUUCCUUCUUUUUCUAUACAGAAGAUUCCCGCGUCUAGUUGUCAAGUUGCAAAAAGUUGACUAUGCUAGUUGGGCCGAGAUUUCCCGAACCGACGGCCCAUGGGCCCAAUUCACUGACGUGGCAACACAAAAACCCUUAGUAAACCCCCAAGUAGUUUACAAAUCGCCAAUAAAGGCCUCUGUAGAGAAAAACUUCACAUCUUCCAUCCAUUUUUCUCAAUCGGAUCGCUGGAAUGAGGAGAGUUGGCAGAAUCGCCGCCGUAUACCGGGCAGUAGACGGCGCCUCCGCCGUAUCGGCACCGCAGCACAGGAUGUCAACGGCGGCGCAUUUUAGCUCGAGCAGCAACAAAUCAUAUGCAAAGUCUAACUGGUUGUUCAACAAUUUGCUCACUGAUCUGUCGGCUAGGACUGCUGCUGCUCAUGCUGUUGCUGGAACAAUGCUUUUCUCGGUGGCGGCUACGACGUUGACAGAAGAAGUUCAUGCUAAAGUAGCUGUGCCGCCGGAAUUACGACCUAAAGAUCUUGUACUUUAUCAGUAUGAAGCUUGUCCUUUUUGUAACAAGGUUAAAGCAUUCCUUGACUACUAUGACCUACCAUACAAGGUCAUUGAGGUCAACCCCAUCAGCAAAAAAGAACUCAAGUGGUCUGAUUAUAAAAAAGUGCCUGUUGUGGUGGUUGAUGGUGAACAGAUGGUGAACUCAUCAGAUAUUAUUGAUCAAUUAUACAAGAAGGUUCGUUCUGCUGAUUCUACCUUUGAUGCCAAUGAAGAGAGCAAAUGGCGCAAGUGGGUGGAUGAUCACUUGGUGCACAUGUUAUCACCCAACAUAUACCGAAGUACCUCAGAAGCUCUUGAAUCAUUCGAUUACAUCACUACUCAUGGUAAUUUCAGCUUUACGGAGAGAAUAACUGCCAAAUAUGCGGGAGCUGCAGCUAUGUAUUUUGUAUCGAAGAAAUUGAAGAAGAAAUAUAAUAUUACAGAUGAGCGUGCAGCCUUAUAUGAAGCUGCAGAAACAUGGGUUGAUGCUCUCAAGGGCCGAGAUUUUCUUGGUGGUUCUAAUCCAAACUUAGCUGAUCUUGCUGUAUUUGGCGUUUUGAGACCCAUUCGCUACCUGAAAUCUGGUAAAGACAUGGUGGAGAACACACGUAUUGGUGAUUGGUAUUCUCGGAUGGAAAGUGCAGUAGGGUCUGCUAGAAUUCAAGCUUGAACGACUUCUAUCGGUCAAUUAGAAAAUCACAAGCAGGAGUAGUUUUUGAAACAAAUUGAUUACAGUUAUGAGAAAGAAUGUUACUUUAAAGCUAGUGACGAUAUAUAAAGGAAAAGGUGCCCUUUAACAAAUUUUUGGUAGUUACAUACAAAAUAAAUUUGGAUUAUGGGCUUGUUUCCAUUCUAUACAUUGACCUAUUCUUCUAGAUGGAAGAUGUAUUUGAGAUGUGCUGAGACAUAAUUGUUGCAGUUUGCCACGACUUUGUCGCAAGAUGGCGUAGAUUCUAUCA